GUCAAUAAGCAUUGGUAUACAGUGCUGGAUCAGCUUGGUAAAGGUGGUACUGGGCGGGUAUGGCGAGUGAUGUCGCACACACAUCAUCGCGUCUUUGCUCUCAAACAUGUUUCGUUGGCAGAUGUGGAUUCUGAAGCCACCAUAAGCAGCUAUAUUAAUGAAAUUCGACUGCUUGAACGCCUGUCUGGUCACAGCCGUAUUGUCAAAUUGUACGACUAUGAAGUCAAUCAGCAGAAUGGAUAUAUACAAAUGAUCUUAGAAUGUGGCGAACUAGACAUGAACACAUUACUGGCAAAACAACAAGGAAAGCCUAUUAAUCUUAAUUUCAUACGGAUGUAUUGGGAACAGAUGCUUGAAGCUGUUCAUGCCAUCCAUCAGCAAAAGAUUGUUCAUUCUGACUUGAAACCAGCCAACUUCAUCCUUGUUCAGGGUGCUUUAAAGUUGAUCGACUUUGGCAUAGCAAAGGCCAUUCCCAAUGAUACCACCAAUAUUCAGCGAGAUAUACAAGUUGGUACUUUGAAUUACAUGUCGCCGGAAGCCAUCAAAGACUCUCAAGCUGGGCAACAUGGUGGCCGGGAGAUGAUGAAGCUUGGUCGACCAAGUGAUGUAUGGUCGUUGGGAUGUAUAUUGUAUCAAAUGGUGUAUGGACGAACGCCGUUUCAUCAUGUUAAAGGCAUGUGGCAGAAAUUAGCUUGUAUAUCUAAUCCAAGUCAUGAAAUCGAGUUCCCCAAAGUCGCGAAUGGCGUACGUGUUGAAGCGGAUCUACUCAACGUCAUGAAAUACUGUCUGCAACGAGAUCCCAAGCAACGAAAAACCAUUCCGCAACUUCUCAAAGAUCCAUUCAUUAAGCCCGAUCAAGUUCUCAAAAAGCUCUACGAGCAUGCAUACAAACAAGGGUCUGCAGGUCAGCCGCUUGACGCUGACUCUAUGGACAAAGUCAUUGAGGUAUGUGGUAUUCACCAUCUGUAA